UUCUCCUACUAUGGCAUGCGAGCUGUCCUGGUCCUGUACUUUAAGUACUUCUUGCGUUGGGACGAUGACUUGGCCACCUCCAUUUAUCACACGUUUGUGGCUCUCUGCUACCUGACCCCUAUUCUUGGGGCCAUUGUGGCUGACUCUUGGCUGGGAAAGUUUAAGACUAUCAUCUACUUGUCCAUUGUCUAUGCGAUUGGCCAGAUUGCUAUGGCAGUCAGUGCAAUCCAUGACAUCACUGACCCGGACAGAGACGGGACACCAAACAACAUGACCUUUCAUGUUGCGUUGUCCAUGGUGGGUCUCUUCCUCAUCGCUCUGGGCACUGGCGGCAUCAAACCUUGUGUCGCUGCCUUUGGUGGAGACCAAUUUAGUGAGCGUCAGGAAAAGCAAAGGAGAACAUUCUUCUCUGUGUUCUACCUGUGCAUCAAUGGUGGGAGUCUCCUGUCAACCAUUAUCACUCCAAUCCUGAGAGCUCAGGACUGUGGCAUCUACAGUAAGCAGAAGUGUUAUUCUCUGGCCUUCGGUGUCCCUGCAGCACUAAUGAUGAUUGCACUUGUGGUGUUUAUCGUUGGAAGUGGCAUGUACUACAAAGCUGAACCACAGGGAAACAUCAUGCUGGAUGUGUGUAAAUGUAUUGGGUUUGCCAUUAAAAACCGUUACAAGCACAGAAGCAAGAAAUUCCCAAAGAGGCAGCACUGGAUGGACUGGGCAGAUGAAAAAUACGAUAAACUCCUCAUUGCUCAAAUUAAAAUGGUGCUGAAGGUCCUCUUCUUAUACAUCCCACUGCCGAUGUUCUGGACCCUAUUUGACCAAAAGGGUUCCAGAUGGACUCUGCAAGCCACUACCAUGGAUGGAAACUUUGGUCUACUUGUUAUACAGCCUGAUCAGAUGCAAACUGUCAACCCCAUCCUGAUCCUGACUCUAGUGCCUAUCAUGGACAGCGUUAUCUACCCUCUGAUCACAAAAUGUGGACUGAACUUUACACCUCUGAGAAGAAUGACAGUGGGGAUGUUGAUGGCAGCUAUAGCUUUUGUCUGUGCUGGUGUGGUUCAGAUUCAAAUUGAUAAAACACUGCCCACCUUCCCAUCUGCAUCCCAGAGUCAGCUGAAAUUACUUAACAUGGGCAGUGAUCCGGUGACAGUUAAACUGCCCGACAAGGAGCCUUUUUUACUUUCUGCAGCUCAGGCCAGUGAUCAAUUCUUCACAUUUGAAGCAGAACACAUCCUCGUUUCAAUAGGCAGCCCUGAAGUGACGAAAAACAUUUCCUUGGCCAAGGGACAGCGACAAACGCUUCUCAUUCCCUCAGUCGUCAAUGAAAUGUCACAAUGGGUGUUGACUAAGGAUUUGACGUCCAAGCCAGAACAAGGCAACAACGCAAUCAGAUUUGUAAAUGGAUUGAAAACAGAAGUGAACGUAUCAACUCCUGCAGCUGACUUUGGAUCGAUUAAACCAUUUUUUUAUUCUAACUACUCCCAGAUAAAAAAUGGAAAGGCCACCUUCACGAUAUGGAAUGUUUCAGAGUCAUGUGAAUACAGCAGGGACUUUGGAUUUGGAAGUUCAUACACCUUCUUUAUCCCUAGCACUUUGGUCAUUGGAACAAGCUGUCAGGAGUUAAUUACAAUGGCAGAAGACAUCGAGCCCAACUCGGUUCACAUGGCUCUCCAGAUCCCUCAGUACUUCUUCAUCACUGCAGGGGAAGUGAUGUUUUCUGUUACUGGUCUGGAGUUCUCAUACUCACAGGCACCUAGUAACAUGAAAGCUGUGCUGCAAGCAGGCUGGUUGUUUACCGUUGCUAUUGGCAACUUCAUCGUACUGAUUGUAGCUGAGCUUGCAAAGAUUCCCGAACGGUGGGCAGAGUACAUCCUAUUUGCCUCGCUUUUGGUUGCAGUGUGUAUCAUCUUUUCCAUUAUGGCGUAUUUCUACACCUACAUCGACCCUACAGAAAUUGAGGCCCAGUUCACGGCGAAGGUUAAUGAAGAUGACGAGGAUGAUAAAAGCCAGCUACGGAAAACAGAGAUUAAGAUGGUCAAGAAAAACUCAAUUAACAGUCAUGAUGAAGACGAUGCAGCCAGACAGACUAAAAUAUGAACAUUGGGAAUAGCAGAUUAGAUAUCCAUAAUGCAUUUAUAUUCCAUGUUUAACAUCGACGCAUGGAAGAAUUGUUAUAUUGUGUGUGUAUGUGUGUGUGUCUGUUUUAAAUAUUUUAUAUAUUAAUGCCCAAAUAACUACUGUGAGCAAGCCACAAUAAGUUCUCUAACAUUAUAUUCUGUACAACAAAUUCAUAUGUUAGCUACAGUACAAAAACAACAACAGAUGAAUACUACUAUUCCAUAACAUGUAUU